AUGCCAUUAAUAUUGAGUUUUAUGAAACGAGGCGUCUAUAUACCAUUUACUCCUGCUGUUUGUCUCGUUCAUCAGUUUGUAAACUAUGGAAUAUGGUAUGCUGCUAUUUUUUCAAUGAUUUGGUUAUCAUUGGAACGACAUAUUCUAAUAUUUCAUUCAAGUUUCACUCGUACAGCACGUGGACGCUGUCUAUUUCAUUAUAUACCACUUGCUAUUUUUGCUCUUUAUGCACCAGUUUUUUAUUUUUACAUCACAUUUAUUUAUCCAUGUGAACGCAUGUAUGAUGCUUAUACACUAGUAUGUGGUGGUCCAUAUUAUACAUGUUCAUUUACACAAUCGCUUCAUUGGUAUGUGACGAUUUUUCAUAGUAGUCUUCCAGUCCCACUCAUUGUAAUUAUUAGUGGUAAUCUACUUGUUCGAGUCAUCAUACAGAAACGUCGUCUACAACGUGGUAAUGCAUGGAGACAAAAUCGAAAAAUGAUUCUGCAAUUCGUCUUUAUAUCUGCUACUUUUAUAAUUCUUGAUCUUCCUUUAAGCAUUGACAAUAUUCUGCGAAGAAUAGGAGUUGCCAGUGCCGGCACGAAUAUUGAUCUUAUUGUCAAUCAAAUGUCAAAUGUUCCAGCAAUGGUUUUACCUUAUGCUACUGCUAUAACUUUACAUAAACUAAAACAGAAACUUCGUAUAGUGAUAUUUUGUAAACCGACUCCUCACAAUGUCAAUCCUAGCAAUCGACAAACUUAA